UGAAGUCAGAAGUCAAAGUCUUCCACCCACAAACGCUGAAUUUCCUGGAAGCCAGAAUCAAGAGAGAAGAUCUAUAUGUAAUGAAUGAGCAUAUCAGAAUGUGCAGAUAACAUUCUGGGAUUCAUUUGAAAUUAUCUUGUUUUUAGUGUGGAAGGUUCAGAUAUGGAGAGUGAAAGCAAACAAGUUCAUCAGCAGGAGAUGGGGAAGAAUCUGGAGGUAUUAGAUAUCCUCAAGGAAACUCUAACCAUCUAUGUCAAAAACAUCAACUUCAUAAUCUUCACCAUUCUCACUUCUCUUCCUUUCUUUUGUGUCAUGGUUUACUUUGAAAUUCUGCUUCAAAAAACUGUGAUUGAUACCCCAGAAAUCCUCUCACUUCUACCUUUCUACGAAAAACAUGUUGUCUAUACGUAUGUAAUGGACACCCCAGAAAACCUCUCACUUCAACCUCCUUUUAACGAAAAACAUGAUAUCUAUAUGUAUGUGAGUGAAUUUGAUUCUUUUGUCCUUCAAAAUAGCACAGAUAAAAGUUUUAGCAAGGACUAUUUGCCUGUUUUAAUUCAACUUGUACUCAUUUACUUUGUGCCUCUGCAUGUUCUAGAACUCUGUUCUGCAGUUAUAACAACAGAUUUAGCUUCAAAGCUGAGGUCAGAUUCAGAAGAGAAUAACAUGAGUCUCAAGCAGAUGUUUCAAAAAUCCACUGACAUAUCCAUCAUGAAAGGCACAUUCAUCACUUCUUUGUAUAUGCUCUUUUUGUCAGCUUCUCUUUUAAUGGCCUUCCCAUGGAUAUUUAGUAACUGUUACGGUUUGUCUGAGGUUUUUGGGGGCUACAUUUUUUUUGCAAUUAUUUGCUGUGUGGCUAUUGGAAAAUUGCUAAUGAUGUAUUUAGAAUGGAGUGCUAUUUGGAACAUGAGUAUUGUGAUAUCAGUGUUGGAUGGUGUAUAUGGUCCUGGAGCAUUCAGAGUUUCAUAUUUCUUCAGCAGAGGUAAUCAGAAGAGAGGGCUUCUUUUGAUGCUUGUUUUCUUUAUUUUUGGAUUUUGUUUAAGGUUAAUAAGUCUGUCAAUGGAAUGCUAUAAAGGAGGGAUUGGAAUUUUUCUGCAAAUUGGGGUCCUCACUGUGGUGAAUACACUGAAAUGGGUGUCAUGUGUGAUUUAUUUCUGUGAUUGCAAGAAGAGAAAAAUGGAGAAGAGAGUUGAUGAGGAAUUGGGUAACGAUCUUGAAAGUGGUUCUUGAAAGACAUUUUGGCUGUGUAAUAGUGAGCAAUGUUUUGAUGUAUUAGUGAUGGGAGCCUUGAAUAAUGUGUAAAACAUGUCGGAGUUGGAAAUCUUCAUUUCCAUGAGCCAGAAGAAUGGAGGGUCUGUUUAUCUGAACUUUAAACAAGGAUUAGAUUAUGAGUAAUAUUUUUUGUUGAAUGUUAAGAGUAUGAUGAAUGUAUUUCAUUAUUCUUUCUA